AUGACCAACGUCACCGCACCAUUUCACCAUUUGAUCCUACGACUGCAACAUCUACUAGCUGUACUACAUUAGGGUGUGUAUCAGACAUGGACGAUAAAAUUCUAGAAUGGGCCUGUACAAAAGCCAUUGAAGAAUCACCGGAAAAAAUUACAGAAUAUUUACAAGCAAUAAAUAAAUUGUCAAAAGAAAGAAAAAUACG